AUGAGGAAGUUUUUGGACGCUAUUACAAAAUCAUUCGAGUGCCAGCUGCUUACUCUCACCACUGUUGCAACUCAAUGCUUUAACUUAUAUAUCCAAGCAUCCCAGGCCGAACCUGACCUCAAAGAGAAUGCAAAGAUUGAAGAAUUUAUUUCUGCUUUUAAUAGAAUGAUGGAAAAAGUUGUAAAUCCACUCAUUACAGCCGAUAGAAGUAACAGAUCAAAAUUCAGAUCAAUAACGCAUUAUUCAAGAUCAGUAAAAUAA